GUAUGGAACCAUCAUUAUUUUACAACUCACGACUACUAGUCAGUUUUACAGCGUCACUGGGCAUAGAUCAAGGUUUUUGUUAAGAAAUUUUAGCACAUUUAAGUGUUGACAUUUCGUGCAGUUGUAGUACCGAGUGAUCGAAAGUAAAGUAAACAGUGUCUACUCAAGCUUCGAAAAUGAGCACAAAACAAUACUCCCUGGAGGAAGUCAAAAAGCACAACGAUAAUCAGAGUACUUGGAUAGUCAUUCAUAAUAAUGUAUAUGAUGUGACGGUGUUUCUAAACGAGCAUCCAGGAGGUGAAGAAGUCUUGCUAGAACAAGCUGGUAAAGAUGGUAGUGAAGCUUUUGAAGAUGUGGGCCAUUCAAGUGAUGCUCGCGAAUUGAUGAAAAAAUAUCAAAUAGGAGAGAUCAUUGAAUCAGAACGAAAGCCUGUUAAGGAAAAAAAUGUCGAUUGGACCAGCAGCUCGUCUCAUAACUCUAGCUCCCAAAGCUCCUUCAAAUCAUGGAUUUUGCCUGUCACCCUCGGUUUGUUGGCCACGAUAAUUUACCGUAUUUACUUCCAAUCACACUAAAGACUAAGCAGCAAAUUGUGGAUCGUAUUAAGUUGCAUUUAUGGUUUAGUUAGGGUUUAGUUAAUGCAGUUUUCGUAAUUGGGUUCUAUUGUUACAGCGAUUGAUUAAAAAUGUAGUCUACUAGUAAAGUGAUGUUUUGAAUUUGUUAAACUCUACCCACAGACCGGCUGUUAAUGUUAAAGAUUGUGUAAAUUUGAUAGUUUGAUAUCAAGAAAUCAUAGUAUGCUGUUAUAAAAGUGUUAAUGAUAAAUCUGUUGAGACUACAUUCUGUAAGUUUUUAUUUGAGGAAAUAAAACACACUUUACAAUAAUAAUAAUCAGCUUUAUUUUCUAAUAAACAAGCUCAGAUAACCUUAAUGUUAAUUAACAAAAUAACGGUAACUCAAAACGAUGCUUAAUACAUCAGGUAAUCUUAUGAUCUUCUCAAAAGAAGUAGAAUUUGCUGCAGUGGUAAUUCUUUAGUAACGCAAAAGAAACAGUACGGAUCUCAGCAAAAUCUCCUUCGUUUGCGCAGUAAGUACAACUAUGUUUCAAAAUUUCGGUUUAAGCCAUUAUUUUCGAAAUAAAUAUUUAAAAAAAUGUAUAGUUUUACAGUGUAUACAUGAAAAGAUUAAUAGUCUUAUCAAAACUCAAAGGAACGACAAUUUGUACACAUACUUGGUUGCACUGGUAACUUACGUACAAAAUUGGCAGUCAUAACAUACGACAUCGUAUUCAGCCAUGCGGAAACGAUCCAUUCGCAUCUCCGCAUGACUUGUCAUAUCAAUUAUUACAUUUAUAUAAUCAUCUAAUGUAAAUAUAUAAGAUAUUUGAUGAUGUAAUAGUGCGGUACCGUAAAUUAUUUAUGUAACCCAAUAUGAACUAAAAAUGAGGAACUGUGAUGUAGAUAAUUUCUUCAGUUUUUCUUCCUCAAAAAAUCACUUACGGUACGGCAUUUUACAACAAAUAGAAGGCAACUUACUCAGACUUAUGUAGCGGUCGUCCGCACACAACAAUUUCGUGCUUUAAGAUCUGAUUGAUUCAUUUUCUUUUUUCCAUAGUCAUGAAGUGAUUACGAUGCAUUUCACAUUUAAAAUCAUAUAAUUUAUCUAUGUAUAUAAUUUUUUUCUACAUAAUAUACGCGUGAAGAUAAUUUACAGUUAACAGGUCAUUAAAACAUAAAUAUCAGAUGUUCAACAAAUUAUAUUAUGUGAAUUUAUGUCCGUCUAUAUGCACCGAAUAUAUACAUCUUUAGUUUCUGUAUAAAUAUCAUUUACGAAUCUUAUCUACAGGUGUUGUACUUAUGUACUACCUCUGAAUCGCUGAAUUUAGAAGAAAAGGAACGUAAAACAUCUUACUAUCUAGGAGAAGUGCUGCGGCAGAUUGUAUCUGAAACAGGAAAAAAAAAGGAUUAACAUAAUAAACAAUAAAACAUGAUGUUCUGAACAACAUUAUCAAUGUGACCACCCCUCUGUUUUGUUCACAAACAAAAUAUUUCACGCGUUCUAACAUUUCGGGACCAACGGACUGACAUAGGUAUUUGUCCAAUUUGUUCGUGCAACUCAACAAUAUUUUUAAACGGCGUUGCGGAUACCCUUUCUUUUACGUGUAAAAUCUAGUUCAGUAAGUUCAGUGGUAUUAGGUCGGGACUACGUCAACUUGUACGUUUACUUGUAGGCAAAUUCCUCUCAAACGAUUUUCAAUCUGUUUAGAAAUUUUGUGAGUAGCGUGCCUUUGUUAUAGGUGUUGCUCUGCGUAGAAGUUUGCACCUGAUUACCGCUAGAUCUAGCGCUUUUACUAGACACUUCGUAGGUUAAUAUCGUUUAUGAAGGAAUAUUUUGGCAUUUUUGAAACUUGAAAAAAAGCUGCUAAUCCGACUGACAAGUAAGUAUACAGCAAUGCAUUAGGAUUCAUGAUAUUAGUGAAAUUAGAAAGAGGCAAGUGGGUUAUUUAAACUGAAUUAGCUUGUAUAUACGGGGUGUCCUAAUAUACCUGUUCCAUAUGUGAAAUAAGUUUGAAAUUUAAAACGGUUAAUUAACAAAAAUAAAAGAAAAUUAUGAUGCGAAAAUCACAUCAACUUUUCUUCUCCAAUAGAAUGGAGUAUGUGUUUUAAGAGAGUGUGAUAAUACCUUUUUUCAUUUUCCGUUAAUGUAGCGCUUGAUAGUUAACAGAUUUGGCACAAUAUUUAAAAAAAAAAUUGAAUGGCAGAAAAAAAAAGUUGAUGUAAAGGUAAAUUAGCACGCAAAGCGGUUUAAAACAAAUAUCUUUUUAUUGUUACAUCAUCUUUAGCUUUUCGGUUUUUCCGUAAAUAAUUUAAAAUUUUCUCUGUAGCUAAAAAACAAAAAAGUAUAAAAUAUUGGAGAAUUUGUAUACCGGGUGUCUGGAAAAUGGCGGAUUAACUCUCCAGUACGUUAUAUACGGGAGUUUCGGGAGUCCCAAAAAAAUAAUAAAAAAAAUCUUUAUGAUGUAGAUUACGAAAAAAACGUAAUUUUAUAAAAAUAAAAUUGGUCACACUGCACACACCUAAUGCGUGAAUACCUCCGGCUUACUUUCUGGUUUCUUAGUAAAGAUGGUGACUGAAAUCCACCUUCGCUUUAUAUCAGGCAAACAUUGUUGUCAAAUGGAAUUUUAUCAAAUUAUUACAAAAACAACAGAACCAUAUCUUUGUGCAUUCUAACUGAAAUGGUAAUUAAAUAUGGUCGUGGACGAGAACAAUAUUAACUAAAAGUUUUAUUACUAGUUAUUGUGAUAAUGAACGAGUUGUUUAAUUGUUAAACGUAGCAAAAGAACCAAUUUUAAAAUCAUUACAACUCCACUAAAAUGUGAGAAGGAUUUUUUUUACUAUUUUUCCCAGACUCACCACUUGAUUGUUAAGAGUGUAGCGGAGAGUUAAUCCGGCAUUUGCCAGACACCCAGUAUAGUUGCUGGAAUUUUUUACUAAUGGAAUUAAGCAUGAUUUUUGCGUAUUUCAUAUAGUAUAUUUCUUCAUCUUUCCUCAAUGUAACGUUUGACAUGCUUUAAAUUAUGUAAUGGCGAACAAAUUAUGUUUCUUGAAUUCUCGUUUAAUUUUUGUAAGGGAGCAAUAAAAUAAUAGAAAACUAAAGAUUUUCAACAAAAUGAAACACAACCGACAAGAUUUACAAGAAUUUUCCAACAAAACAAUAAGUUUCAAAGCAGCGUGUAUUUCGUACGUUUAACAAAGUAUACCAAGAUCAAAAAAAAAAAAAAAACUGAAUGGAAUAAAAAAAAAAUACGGCCACAAAUAAGAAACAAAUUGUUGGCGUGUUGGGAAAGCUUAAUAUGAAAAAUAGAUUCCAAAAUUAAUAACUUUAUGUCUGUUUGCCAAUUUGCAAAAAUUAAGGCAAAGUCGAAUAUGCACACACAUUUUAUUAAUUUUUAUUUGCAUUUCAGAAGCAUUUAAAAGCAUUUGAUAAACAAAAUACUUAUCACAACGGUGAUAAAUGAUUGGUAUAAACACUUCACAAACAUUCUCCUUAUAUCUGAAAUAACAAAGGUUGAUACUUUCUGCUGUAAACCAGAAAGAUAUGCCUGAUACUAACGAUUUAGGUAGUCAUUUUAUUUUUUUUUUUGUCAUUUUUUCUAUCAAUAGUAUCAAUUAAUCGUUCCAAGUUACAAGCUUAUAUCUUUUCAGUUAUCUAAGAUAUCAGAACAGAACUGGUAACGGGUAUGCCAUGAGACAAAUAUGGCUAACCUCCAGGUCGCCCAAAGGCUCGCGCCCUUGCAACCUAACCCUCAUGACUAAGUAAGCCUGAAUUAGCGCUAUGUACGUUAACGAUUAUAAUUUUUUCUAAAUUGUUCCCUGUAAAACUCAUUUUGUAAUGUGAUGAUGAUUGCGCUUUAUAUCUAUCUAAUAGGGACGUUAUAUAGUUUCGACGCUGCUGGGUAUGCGUGAAUUUGAAGGAAAACUAUCAAUUUUUGUAGCGAAUAAUCAACACUCCGACAUGAUGUUCAGGUGUAUUACUGCAUGGGCGGUUUAUGUAAAAGACCCGCUAAGAUUCGGUCCAUGUCAAUGUGUCUAGUUAGCACGUUUUUAACAUAAACGUACACGACUUUAUUGAACAGUACGUGUCAUAAUAUAUUCAGUUAUGAGCUAAUAGAUGUGCAUCAUAUUUAAUUUCUCAAAUCUUCAUGUAAGAUGUAUUCUAUAUUUUUCUCAUAAUUAAGUACAUUUACACAAUGUAUAAAAAAAAAAAAUGAAAUAAAUUCAUUAAAAAUUGAAAAGUGUAAUUUGGCCAGUAAUAACUAAAUUAACCUAUUUUGAAACGUGGAAUAACAUGUGUUCAGAACAAACAAAAAAUUUACAUGUCCGAAAUUUACUACAGAUGAUGAAAAGACUAAAAUUGAUAUGUUUACUGCAGAACUAGGAAAUGUGUACACAAAGUUAGAAUGUAGUUUUUUAUAAACGUUGUAGUUAAUAAGUUUCUAUUGUAUUAUACAUAUUUAAAAUCGACAAACAUUAAGACUGAUGUCAUAGCCACUUAAAAUACCAAACGUGAUUCUCUUUUUUAUAGUAGAAUUAACAUGCAUUUAAGUAUUUUAAUAAAUUAUUAACCAAAUAAAAAACAAAAUAACUAAAAUCAUGAAAUCUUGCGUUUCUGUGAGCAGGAAUUCUGAGAUGUUGAUUUUAAACUUCUUUCGUUAGUUUCAUUUCUUUUAAUUAUUUCAACAAACAGAGAAACAGAUAUACUGGGAAAUAAGUUUUCAAAAUCUUCAUAAUGAAAAUUACUGGCUUAAGUUCUUUUAAAAAUGUUAUAUAAGGUGAAAUAGGUUGAAAUCCUGGUACGUUAAUAAUAAAUUUCACACAAUUUUAGUUUACCAUAGACACUGUUUAACUGGUGGCCUAUAUACUAGACUUCAACAAUUCUGAUUGUUUUUAAAAUAAAAUAGGUAGUUAUUUGAAUUAUAAGACCAGAUAUUAUAUUUUUGCGAAUACGAGUUAGUUUAUGUGGCCGAGCCGAUAGAGCAGGCCUGCAAAUAACGACUAUUCGCAAAAUAAUGUUCUAGGGGAGUGAUGUACAAGAUUUUUAUAUAAAUAAAAUUGUUAUUAAUUA